GACCAUAGUUGUCUAAACACAAAGUAGGAACAAGGAAUAUAAUUGGAACUGUCUCCUUACAGGUCUGAACCUAUAUCUUAAACCAUGAGCAAACAAAAACUGAGUGUCAAGUGGUUUGGGAGCUUCUCCAGUCGCUCAAACUGGCGUUUGUCAGAUAAGACAGACCCCAAGAUAACCUCAAAACCGGAUGGGAGCCAGAGAGACAAAAUGCCCGGGGAUAACUCAGUCAAUGACAUGGAUACCUGCCUCCACAGCCCAGGCCAUGUAGCUACAGUAGCCAGAAAGGAGAGGCAGAAACCCAGAAAAGCGGCAAAGAAGAAAAGGAGGAACAAAGAGGAGAUCCACCAAGAUCCGAGCCAGUGUCAGAUUGGGGACUCUGUAAGAGAUUCUCCCCUACUUAGUGUCCUCUCUGGUACUCACCUGUCUGCCUUAGAGAAACAAUCGCCUAGUAGCCUUCAAAGGGAAACCCUGCCUGUGGCUCAGACCCCCGUCCACUCCCCCCAACCCUUUCCUGAAGAAGACAGACUGCCAUUCAGUAGAGGCUCAUUUCAGGGAUGCAAGACCACAACACUUAACAGGCACUCAGGAAAUCAAGAUGCACCAUCAACAAGUGAGGUCUUACCAGCGGUCAAUUCAACCAAGACUGGGACCGACACCGGUGUGUACGACAGAGCCGUUAUGCCUUUCUGCCAGCGCCCUCAGUGCCCCUCCGACUCAGCGUCAGCCACAACACUCUACAAGGACAUGUAUGUGCUGAUGGACCCAAUAGCGGAGGAGGUCAACAGCCAUGCGGAAAAGAAGACAUGGGACGUUUACAGCUGGACUCCGGGAGAUUUAAAGAGGAGGGAGACACUUGACAGCCAAUUAGAACCCAUGGAUAGCAAAGGUGAAUAUGUGAAGUUCUCCAAGGAUGGGUCCUGGCUGGAUUUCCCAUCUGAAAAGCUCCGCAGGGAGUUGGAGGAGGAGCUGAAACUGAGCAGCAGCAACUUGAUGAGCCAUGGAUGGUAUCAUGGAAACAUCCCAUGGGAGCUGUCUGAGACACUGGUGUUGAACCACGGGGACUUUCUCAUCCGAGAAUCUCUCUCCAGUCAGGGGGACUAUGUCCUGACUAGCCACUGGAGCAACAAAACCCUGCACUUCCUAAUUAGCAGGGUCCUCGUUAGGAAAGGGGAGUCCCACACCCGGGUCCAGUACACCCUGGAGGGAGAAGCCUUCCACUCUCUGCCCGCUUUAGUUAAUUUCUAUGUGGGGAACAAGGUGGCUUUGACUCAGCAGAGUGGGGCUCAGAUCCACCGUCCCGUCAAUCGCACUCUACCGCUGCGCUACCGGGAGACCGCUUUCUCUCUGGCCAACCACAAGGCCGACCACAGAGGCUGUCUAAACUCUCACUACUGCCAGCAAGGCUCUAGAGGGGCUCUAGUCAACAGCUGCAGUGGGAAUGUGACGGACAGGAUCUGCCCACUAAGCCCUUCCGCGGUUCACCACAGGGGGGCAGUAAAAAGCUUCAGCUUGCCGUCUUCACCAACCGAGGAGAACCCUCUCUCAGUGACAUUCAGCACCCAGCAGGCUCGGAGUCCUCCCGUCCUCAGAUUGCCAGGCGUUAUGCGCUCCCCAGCUGUCUCCAGCCACUCCAGAAGCAGGACCCAAACCCACCUGUCACCCUUUCCCUUCCCCAAAAACAACACUCCUGCCACAAAAUGGGCCACUAUAGCCCAAAGUCCCUCGACUCUUCUAACUACAGACACACAACAGACCACUACAGCCCAGGCCUCAUCCUACUGCUCUCUGAGCACAAACAGUCAACAGACCAGAAUCCAGGCCUCUCCAGACCGUAUCUAUCUCACUCCAGACACAGACAGUCAACAGACCAGAAUCCAGGCCUCUCCAGACCGUAUCUAUCUCACUCCAGACACAGACAGUCAACAGACCAGAAUCCAGGUCUCUCCAGACCUUAUCUAUCUCACUCCAGACACAGACAGUCAACAGACCAGAAUCCAGGUUUCUCCAGACCUUAUCUAUCUCACUCCAGACACAGACAGCAGCUCCAGCCGGAUCUGCCUGGCCCUCCCCCCGGCUCAGAGUCAUGUGGCGCGGCUGUGUGCAGAGAAAGAGGGGCUGAGCGUUGGAGACCCUGUGAAGGAGGACAAUGGGAAUGUAUAUGAGGACCCUAUAGCAGAGACAGCCUCCGCCUUGAAACCGAGAAGGUACCGGUCCCUGCUAAUGCCCACCGAGAACAGACCCCUGGAGAUGGGGAUUCUGAGGAGGGUCAAGGAGCUGCUGGCCCAGGUGGAUGCCAAAACACUGGCUACACACAUCACCAAGGCUGACUGCAUGGCUGCCAGGAUAUUAUAUGUGACUCCAGAAACGCAGAGGAAAAUGGGUGUAAGUUCUGGGAUGGAGCUAUUGACCCUCCCACAUGGUCACCAACUCCGCUUGGACCUGCUGGAAAGGUUCCAGACUAUGUCCCUCAUGCUAGCCGUGGAUGUCCUGGGUUGCACUGGUAGUGCUGAAGAGAGAGCUGCCCUGCUGCACAAAGCCAUUGAGAUGGCCGCUGAGCUCAAGAACAGCCUGGGGAACAUGUUUGGUUUCGCUGCAAUCAUGAGGGCUUUAGAGCUGCCACAGAUCUCCCGUCUGGAGCAGACGUGGAUGGUGUUACGCCAGCGACACACAGAGGGCGCAGUCCUCUACGAGAAAACUUUGAAGCCUUUCAUGAAGAGAAUGAAUGAUGGGAAAGAGACCUGUGCGUUGGCCAACACAUCUUUCCCCCACGUGUUGCCCCUCCUGUCCCUACUGGAGAAGAGCGUGGCGGUGGCAGACGGGGCAGAGCCAUGGGAGACUGCGGAAACUGGGGUGGACGUGUUAAUGAGUCACCUGGAGGCCGCGCGUACCAUCGCACAGCUGGGGGGCAUCUACCGGACCAACGCAGAGGCCAAAUUAAAGGGGUUCCAGGAGCAAGCCGAGGUUCUGGAACUUUUCCUCACCGAGUUCGAGAUGAGGUUGCUGUGGGGCAGUCGGGGAGCGGAGGAGAACCAGGAUCAGCGAUACGCCAAAUUUGACCAGGUGUUGAGUGCUCUGUCCAAUAAACUGGAGCCCCCCCAUCUGGCACAGUGACCUUCCAACCAAUCAUGCCCGAACUGGACCAUCGACUGGGUCUCUAUCUUGUCUUGACAAGCAAAUAUUGUCCAACGCUCUGUCUCAGGACACCCCGGGAAGGGUUUGUGUCUUUAUAGUUCACUUGAGGUGCCAUGACAUAGCUGAAGUUUAUUAAGGGUCAUGAAAUGAUGUUGGGAUGAAUGUAAUGAUGUAGAGAGCGCCUACUAAUGAAAUGUUUUCAAAACACUUCUCUGAAAUACUAUGACAUGAAUCAUGCUGUUUUUAAAUGUCUCGUCCAAGGUUGUUGUGGUUCAUUUCAGUAUAUGUUGUAGUUGUAGUGAAAUAACCUUGUACAGAGUGCACAAUUAUCACUCUACAUUAUUAUUAUUUGUUUUAAUCAAUUGCGCUUGAUUGUGUUAUAAUAAGCGUGCUUAUGAAGGCUGUGCCUUGUGAGAGUGCCUUACUUGAAAUAUUUUUUUUGGUAGUACUAAAUGGGAACAUUGCUACAUUACUCAUGGUACACAGAGGUCUAAAUACAGAUGUUGCUUCAGUAAUGUAAUGGUCAUUGUCUUUAAACAAAAGUGUGUUCUUGCACAUUGUAGUGAACUCUUUUCUAGGAACCUAAACUCAUUAUGUAUUUGUCAAUACUUACAUUUAAUCAAACAUUUACUUUGUAACUUUUUAAAAGUUAAUGUUUGUAAUAUAUUUAAGGAAAGAGUAUAGCUACACUUUUUGUUUUAGGGGUGGUUGGCAUUCAGUUGGAUUUAAAACAAUAAAAAGAGCACAAUGUGUAUGUGAAUUUAUAUGUAAAUAUAGUAUCUGGUAAGAGGUAGGGAAUG